AUGACAGCAUUGAAGCCCAUCCUCACGCCAACAUUGCUUGCAGCGAUUCGAAAGCAACCAAAUCUUCCACGUAAUACAUGGUACUUUAUCACCGCUACUACUCUAUCAGCCCUCAAUAGGCCGGACGAGCUGUCAGAGGUCUUCAAGAAUGCCAUAGGGGAAGGCUCAGACACUAUUGUGAAUGGUAUUCCGAGCCGGGACGAUCAGUUGCGCAUAUCUAGGCGUCUCAGAGAAGCCCUAUUGAAAGCUUCUGCCGUCGGAGGCAUGCCCAAGGUUGGCAGGCCACGAUCGAUUAAUGCUCUGAUGUCCCUUAAGUCCGCAACCACUGAAGACCUACUAGACGAGGAAGUAACGGUGCUCGAGCGAGGACAAGCCUUCUUCGAAGCCAUAUAUGGCAAGAUUUCCAGACGUAUAAUGGGUCAACUAGACCGGUCAGGUGCGCCAGACUUGGGUUUGCUGGCGAGGUUGACAUAUGGGUAUGUACUCAGCAACACCGAUGUGCUUACGCCAGCCGAAACUUCAUUCGUACUCAUUGCUAGUCUCAUUCCCCAAGAUGUGAACCCUCAACUGAAGGGGCAUUUGCGGGGUGCAAUCAAUGGAGGCGCCAGUGUAGAUGAAGUGAGAGCCGUGAGGGAUGUAGUUAUCAAGAUUUGUGAAGCUUCAGGAAUGAAGAAGCUAGAAGAGAAUGCCAUUGGGGGAUGGGGUUGGAGAAGUGAAGUUGCGAAUGUAUAG